UCCAUUCCCACGAUUGCCCUCCAGUGGCAAAGAUCGAGGCAUCCGUGGGCUUGCAGAUGCCCGUCGCCCUGCUCCUCCCCUAGUUUCUAUGACCCCCACGCCUAAAAAUCCUGAUCCUCGCUCGGGCUCCCCCAUGGAAGGAGACACUACAUUUAACACGAGUAUUCCAGGAUUCCCCAUACAAGAUGACGCCCGAAGUGUCAGAACUAGCAAUAGCCUUAAGCGGAGUGGCACUGCAUCAAAAGACUAUUGGAUGGAUGACGAUCUGUGUAAGGAGUGUUAUGACUGCAAGAGCACUUUUACUGCUUGGAGACGAAAGCAUCAUUGCCGUAUAUGCGGUCAAAUUUACUGCUCUCGGUGUGCAAGCAAUAUCAUCAAAGGAGCCAGGUUUGGUCAGGAUGGGCUCGUCCGAAUAUGCAACAUCUGUUUGAAAAUGCUAGAAGAUGACAAUUAUGAUGAUGAAGAUGAUCGAAGAAGCAUUGCCUCCGCCAAUUCAUCGCCGUUUCCCGCGCAUCAGUUGGGAAAUUUACAAAACCAGUACCCUCAAUCACCAUAUGCUGCCCAGAACUUGCUUGCACAGAGUCACGACUCCUACAAUCUUUUUUCGAUCCCUGAAUUGCAUCGUAGAUUUGUUCCAGACACUAAUAAUCCACUUAACUGGGACGGUGCGGAUGCAACGGCUGCACCGUUCCGCAGGAAUCUAGAGGACGAGAAAGACGUCGAGCCCCGACCCGGUGCUUUGGAGGAGUUUGCGGCUGAAGCUGGCGAGGCAGGGGGAGCGGGGCCGAAGGGGAACGCGCCUCAGGUACCGCCCAUGAUUCAGUUCCCAUCGCAAGAAGACAAGGAACAAUCCUUUAUACAUUUCCCGGGAUCCUCUUCUCCAGAUCGUGCGGACAGUCCACGACCUUUACGGUCUCGUGUGAGUUCUUUCGCGACUGAUGCAGAUCUGGUUGGGCCACCUUUCUUGCGAAGUCGCGUCGCUUCGCGGCUUACAGCUCUCGAUAUCGGGGAGCCAGGUUGGAGAACUAGACGAGAAUCUAGCGCGUAUGCUGCUGAGCUGAAUGGAGCAUCAAUGUUCCACCUCCGAAUUUUGCUUCGGCAGCUUUUGGACAAAGAGGGCAUACAGAAGGCUCGAGAAUGGGAAGAGACAUUGAUGAAACUCUGCCUUCGAUUUGCGUCCCACUUCUCUGUCAACGCCAGACUCCCAGGAGGCUCAAUGGAUGUGCGGAGAAAUAUAAAAAUCAAGAAACUGCCAGGUGGUCUUCCUCGUGACUCCGAGUAUGUCGACGGCGCGGUCAUCACCAAGAAUGUUGCUCACAAAACCAUGUUUCGUGACAUCCGCAACCCCCGCAUCAUGAUCGUCACUUUUCCGUUUGAUUACCACCGCGUAGAAGGCCAAUUCAUGGCAUUUGAACCGCUCUUGUCACAAGAGAAGGACUACCUCCAAAACCUUAUAUCUCGAGUCGCUGCUCUUAGGCCCCACCUUGUACUGGUAGAGCGCUCCGUUUCUCGAUUGGCUCUUGACAAUCUCCUCCGUGCCAAUAUUGCGGUCGCGCGGACAGUCAAAAAUAGCGCUUUACAAUUUGUUGCCAAGGCAACUCAAGGCCAUGUGUUGACGUCCAUGGAUAGGCUUGUGACUGAGCCCCAAAUGGGACAAUGCGCUCGUUUCCGCAUUCAAACUUUCGAUCAUCACCUUAUCCCUGGGCGUAGGAAGACGUACAUGCGAUUUGAAGGCUGUGGCAACGAUACUGCAUGCACUGUCAUCUUGCGAGGGGAAAACCUUGAAACGUUGAAGAAAAUAAAAGCAGUUACUGGCUUCCUCAUGUUUGCCGUUCGGAAUCUGAAGAUGGAAACUUUUCUUUGGAAAGACACCGUGAUUUCUAUGCCUCCAAUGCCAACAGACGCCGCACCUCAAAGUUUUGUUCAGCUUGCAAACCGGCGUAGUGAGAACGUUACCCAAAACGUCCCUGGAUCAGGAGAUUCGAGUCCCAAUUCAUCAGCGAGAGAUGGAGGCGGAAUUGAAUCUCUUGUCCCUGCUGUUGCUGCGAGCGAUGCAAGUCCACUCUCUCCUCGCAUUCAGCCUGUGCUUUCGCCCUACUUAAUUAACUUCGUAUCGAUAUCAUCCACGCUCCGAUUUCCUCCUCCAUAUCCAAUUUGGAAAAUGAAAGAGUUCGACGAUUUAGUGGGUUUUGCGAAGAAAGAGUGGGAGGAGGAAGAAGCAUCACGGAUUCUUCAGGAAGAAACUGAGAGGUCGCGAGCCCUUUCACAAGCGAUCGUUCUAAGAAAUGACGAUGCUGGGGGCUUAGACUGUGAGGACCUACCCAAGACGCCUCAACCUCGUCGUGCCCCCUCAAUCACUCCUGAUGAUACCACACCUUCCAUUGAAACUCGUGCACUGCCUCGUACGGAAUCCAAGGCAAGCUUGCUUUCUGGUUGCGGAUCCUCUGCAAUGCAAUCAUUGCUUCUCAAUCCCACACUGGUGUCUCUGGGUGCGAUUGCGGUCGUCCGCGAUGUCAGCUGUAUAACGAAGCUCAGUGCUUUGCAUCAGGCCCGUACUGCGCAUGAGGAGUUCAAGAGGAUUUGGGAAUGGUAUCUCCGGAAGAACCCAGAUGACUUCGCGAUUCAGAAAUAUCAGUGCAUCCAUGUCCGCCACUUCGUCAUACCGACUCUGGGAAUGGAUCCUGAGCCCGCAUGCUUUCAACCGAAGCUUAUUCGCAUAUCAUAUUACGGAGAAAAUGAUUGCACCCUUGGGCAAUUCAUUGAGGAUUCGAUCAUGGAGUUUCUUGACCCAAAAAAAUUAUGCCAGGGAAAGGGCUGUCGCAAACAUCUUGGAGCGCACAGCAAAGUAUACGUUCAUCACGAGAGUCGAGUGGUAGUUGCAACCGAACCUUGGACGCCAACAGUAAACCCAGAAAGUUCUAUUCCUUCACCGGACAAAAUUGCGUCUUUCAGUGUUUGCCGCAAAUGCUUUCAGACCACUCCAUUCAUACCAAUCUCGGAUGAGACGCUGAAGUACUCUUUUGGGAAGUUUCUUGAGCUGCAUUUUUACCCUGCCGAUGUUUCUCUCAUUCAUGGUGCUGGAUGCGAGCAUAAUAUCUAUCUUCAUCAUAUUCGUUAUUUCGCGUGGCGGGGAAUGACGGUCCGUUUCCAAACAGAGCCCGUUGGUAUCUACGAGGUAGUUUUCCCGUCGAUGCGGACAACUCUCCAUAUGGAGUCACUACUCACCCUCAAGAAUCGUGAUUACGAGUGGCUUCUCCUCAAGAACGCCGCUUAUUGGGACUCUGUCGUCAGUCGGAUCACUGAAUUGCAAGCUCAAGCCGCUUUUGAAUCAACCUCACCGCCGGAAUCUUCCAAGGACUCUCUCGUUGAUGAAGGAAUGGAACUGCUGCGUCGAGUCAAAGCGGACCGUGACGAAGCAUCUCGGAUCAUCCAGGACGCUUACGCAAGCUCUUUUCCCGUUGAUACCCUUGCCUUAGGCGGAGCUCGAUCAUUCAUUCAAAACAAAGUGGUGCAAUGGGAUCUGGAGUUGGAGCGACUCGAAAAGAAACAUGCUCUACGGCGGCCCCGGAUGCUUUCUGAGAAGGAUUUCCGUCGAAUGACAGGCUCUCAUCAUUUCAAGCGUCUGUACGACGAUUUUUUCCGCCAACCUAAAUCCGCUGCCUCUGAAAUUGAUGAGAAGUCGACGAAUGAGCCUGACGCCCCCAUUUCAGAGUCUGAAUCAAUGGAGGAGAAACUACCGGUCUCUGAAGACGCUGGCCUCCCCGGUGCAGUUCUCCCUGUUGUUGGGGAUGUGCUCGCCCCUGUAGCCAAACCUUUGGAAGAAGGGGAUAGCGAUUCUACCAUAUCUGCUCCUCGAACAAGUAUGUCUGUUUCAUUAGAAAUCGUGCCAUCCAAUGAUAGGACACAGACUAUGCCUUCGCGCGGGGAGGCAGUGCAAGAGGCCAGCAACAUUGUGCCUUCUGCUUCACGGCCCCCUUCACGUCUCCCACGCUGGCAAGGAAAUGCUGGGCAUGUUGCUGAUCUGGUGAAACACUUUCAGCCUUCGAACAAUAUUGAACAUUCAACUACGCUUAUGGAUUUCCCUCCCAGUGAUCAGACGACGUACUCUGAUUCAGAGGCUCCUUACAAUCCCAUCCCAAAGAAGCGUAUAAGGGUGAGGAGUACCGGCGCGAAAGGUCCCCCACCUCAGGAGUCCGGAGGCUCCGAUUAUGAACGAAGCUACGCUGCGAACCUUGGGCCGCGUCAUCUAGCCCAAUCAAAGCGCGCUGUGGGCAAGCUGCGUCCCCCUUCUUAUGUUACUAGGAUCCCUCCUCCACUCGUGAAAAGGACCCCAUUGCCAGCUUAUUCCGACGAGCAGAUGAGCAGCAACGUCUUGGCCCCGAUUCCAGCAGAGAGAGCAAAAGGAAGAAAAAGUGAUGAAGGCAGCAAAGCCAGGGCCAAGAACUGUGUAAGGCCUCCUCUCAAGGCGCACGGGUCGAACCGUGUGCUCUCCAGACCCAGUCCUAGGCCUCCUGGCUCUGCGAGUUCGGGUCAAGUCCACACACUAACGCGCCAAUUCGAGCGCAUUUCCAAAGAUAACGCGAAAAAGCACGCAAUUGCAAAAACCCGCAGAGCCCGCCCCGUGGCCACAACGCGAGCCAAAGUUGCUUUUUUCAGUUCCAUCCGGGAAGCCCCUUUGGACGAAUCCGAAGAUGAUGAUGAGGUCAACGUAGAAGCAGACGAUGAGGGUGACGGUGGUAAGAACUCGAUGAAAACCCCGGCAGAUAAUGCUCCAGAAGCACCUGCGUCAGUCCAUUCAUCAACAGAAAGCGUUAGCGGCUUCGCCGAUGAAAUUGAUGCUAAGCCAGCAUCUUCUGUCCAGGACGUCAGGCCAGUUGACGAGAAUACAUUGGAACCUGAAGCCGUCGAGUUAUCUGGGGCUGACGUUACAGAAGACCUGCCUCGUCCAAUGUCGCCAUCUUCUCAACGGACCGAUCCGUCUGUACCGUCGAAGUUAUCAGAGACCCAAGAUACUGGGCCCAGCAGCAGCGCGGAAGGCUCUACAGUAAUGAGUACGGUUUCGGGAUGGUGGCGAGGAACCAAUAAUGCGACCCAGUUACAAUAUCCAUUUGGCGCAGCUGAGCACAUGUUCGCGGAUAAUCCCAUCACGUUGCGGGAAGAUGAACCAACCUCGAUCAUUGCAUUUACUCUGAAUUCCAAAGAUCAUCGACAGGCUAUUAGCAAAGCACAGGCGGAACGCAAAGCAAAAACCGCGGAGCACUCGGAGACAUUCAUGCCCGAUGACUCGUCCGACAGUCGAUCGACGUGGGGACUAAUCAACAGCGAGGAUGCACCAGAUCCUUCAGAACUAAUGAAGCAUCCAACUAGUGUCACACAUUUGUCGUUCCAAUUUGAAAGCGGUGGAAUCGCAAUUUCAUGUGCCGUAUUCUGUGCCGAGCAGUUUGAACUGCUCAGACGUUCUUGUGGUUGUGAGGAUCUCAUGAUCGAGUCGUUGGCUCGCUGCCAUAAAUGGGAUGCCACCGGGGGCAAGUCAGGGUCGGCGUUCCUCAAAUCCAGAGAUGAACGAUUUAUUGCCAAGGAGAUUACGAAGUCUGAGUUAGAUGACAUGACAAAAUUUGCACCGGCAUAUUUUGAUUACAUGUCAAAUGCAAUCUCGUCUAAUCGCCCAACUUUGCUGUCCAAGAUUUAUGGAUGCUACAAGGUCAUCUACAAAAACCCUGUUGCGGGUAAAACAAUUCGCAUGAACUUGCUUGUCAUGGAAAACCUGUUCUAUGGACGCAAAUUCUCGAAAAUCUACGACUUGAAAGGGUCAUUGCGUAACCGCCAUGUGAGGUCUACGGGCCGCGAGAACGAAGUACUGUUGGAUGAAAAUCUCGUUCAAAUGUCGCAUCUUGAUCCCUUCUAUGUCCGUGAGCAUAGCAAGCGAAUCCUUCGAGGUGCCUUGUGGAAUGAUAGCAGAUUCUUGGCGAAUUUGAACAUCAUGGAUUAUUCGGUCAUAGUGGCGGCCGACUGCAUCAAGAACGAGUUAGUGGUGGGGAUAGUCGAUUUCAUCCGGACCUAUACCUGGGACAAGAAGCUGGAGACGUGGGUGAAAGAGUCUGCCUUUUUAGGGGGCGCGGCGAAAGGCGAACCGACAAUAAUUACUCCGAAACAAUACAAGGCACGAUUUAGGAGUGCUAUGGAGCGCUACUUCCCUCUCGUUCCUGACAGGUGGACAAAACAACAAUAUACUCCAGACGAUGAAGGCGAUGGCUUACUUGAAAUGUGGCCUGACUGGUAAUGCUUCAGCAUCGAUAUCCUAAUUUCGUUCAUGUCAUUUACUCCAUAUCAUUGCAAUCUCACCAUUUGAUACCACUUACGCAACUACAAAUAUGUAUUAUAGAAUAUCCUAAACUAUAGCGGCCUUACUGUCUCGGCGAUUUUCCUCACUCUCUGAACCUGUGCCUGGUUCUUGUGCUCUGCAGCGAAGGAUUGUUUCAUCAGCUUCUUCUCCGCCCGAC